AGCGAGUUCUCUCUUUUGCAUUCUCCGAAUUUUCUCUGUUGAGAUCUUAUUUUUAGGGUUUAAGAGAGAAAGACAGGACCAGAUUCAUCACCUCGAUGACAACAACAAUGUUUCUGCGAAGCUCAUCCACGCCGGUUCUGAACUCGUGGCUUCUCCACUCGAACUCGAAGGAUUCUUCUCCUGAACCAGAAAUCCUUCACCAGAUCCCGAGAACUCGUUCCUUUGCGCUGUCGGCAUCGCAGAGUUCCUUAUCGCCGAUUGACGCUUCCGUUAACAGAAUGACGCGGGCGCUGUCGGAGACGGAUCUCUCCGCGCCGCCCAAGCGUAAAGCUCUCAACCACCGCGUCUUUGAUGAAGACGAGGAGGGGGAGAGUAAGCGCGGGAAGAGAUUCAGUGCUCGUUCGAGAACGGCGUCGUUUGGGUCCGCGUUGUUUUCUUUGUCCGAGUUGGACGAAGGCGAGGGUGGGGUUGGUCUCAGGGACGAUGGGUUCAUGCGUGUCUUGGUUGAGGGUGGAGGCGGUGAUGGUGGUGGUGGAUGGGACAACAAUGAUGGUGGACGUUCUGGGUUUUGGGAUUCCAAUCACGGGAAUGAUAGCACCGACGUGUAUUACCGUACAAUGAUCGAAGCUAAUCCCGGGAAUCCACUUUUUCUUAGCAACUACGCGAGGUACCUGAAAGAGGUUCGCGCGGACUAUGUUAAAGCAGAAGAGUAUUGUGGCAGAGCAAUUUUGGCUAAUCCAAAUGAUGGGAACGUGUUAUCGCUCUACGCUGAGUUGAUAUGGGAGAGCAAUAAGGAUGCUCCUCGAGCUGAGGCUUAUUUUGAUAGAGCAGCUAAAGCUGCCCCAGAUGACUGUUAUGUUUUGGCAUCCUACGCUCAUUUUCUUUGGGACGCUGAGGAAGAGGGUAAUGUAAUGGAAGAAGAUUCCUCUGAAAAAUCUCACUGUUUCUUCCAUGGAGCUGCUCCGCCACUUCCUCCUCCUUUAUCUGCUGCAUCUUAAGCUGCGGCCUUUGAUAUAACUUUCUAACCUUUGUUUAUAUUCCCAUAACCUUUCCUUGUAACUUCUUUUGGCCGACGAAAAUAGUUGUAAUGGUUUUUGCCCUCCUUGUCAUCAAUAUUCUUGUAGCAACAAUACGGAAGAAUAAAAGAUGGGGUCAAUUUCUUUUCCUUUUCC